CAAAGAUACUCACCUGCUAUUGGUCAGAAUCGACGAUUGCGUACACGGAUGCGGAUGUCUCCCCUUUCCGUAGUGUAAUGUGGAUAAAAUGAUCGGGGAUCUCUUGAUAUUCGGGACCCUACUCGUGAACGCGGGAGCUGUAUUGAAUUUCAAACUCAAAAGGAAGGAGUCGCAAGGCUUUGGAGAUGAGUCCGGUGCACCGACAACAGGAGAAAAUAUCAGAGAGUUCCUGCUCAGUUUACGAUACUUUCGGAUCUUCAUAGCUUUGUGGAACAUCUUCAUAAUGUUCUGUAUGAUCUUAUUGUUUGGCUCAUGAUCGCCUGGUCCUGGUCGCUGGGGCCACCCCAUGGACAAGACUCUCACACAGCUCAAACUUCCCGGACACACUAAGCUUCUCCUUUGUAGACCGUUGUGUUCUUUCAGCCCCUAUAACUGUAAUUGUAUUCCAUUUGUGACCCGCCUCAAAACCUUACCUUGUUUUUGUUUGCAACUGCUGAUGACUUAGUGUUUAAUGAAUCACCUUAUUUCUUCUUACAUGUUCAGAAGUCAUAUAGAAUUUGUUUUCUAUUUUGACAUUUUUGUUGUUUCAGCUGUAAAUAUGUCUCCCUACUUUUUGGAUAUAUCUUGUCUUUUUUUUUUCUUGUUAGAAUAUUUUUUUUCGCUUCUCAAAGAGGUUCCAAGGUAGGAAAGUACCACCAACCAUCAGUAAAAUAUCCAUAGAUGUUAGUUUUGACUGCUUAGUUGUUUACCUGGCUUAUCAUAGAAGCAGGUAAACAGCCUUUGUUGAAAAGUCCUAUUGUAUAUGGUAUAUCCAACUGGAUAUGAGACAGUAAUAAAAGUAGUUUGUGAAUUUUGCAUGCCACUAAGAUCAUUUAAUAGGUUGUUUCCUAUUAUGAAAAAAUAUUAUUAAAAAUAAUAUAUAAUAUUAAAUAAUAAUUUGAUAUUAUUAAGCAAAAAUUAGUUAAUAUUUAUAUAAUAUUAUUGAAUAAUAUUAUUAAAAAUCUUAAUUUAUUUUCAUUGUUUUCUUGGAACUAUAGAGGCCUUUUGCCUUAAAUACAGAAAAGUUGAUGAUGCUAACAUGCAAUUUUGGGAAACAUGAAGGUCAAGUUAAUUUGACUUCUUUUCUCUCCCAAAAUGUGACACAAAUAAAAAAAAACUUAAACAUUUUCACAGUGUAAGGAUUGCUUUAAGUGUGAUCUUGUAUGAUUAUGUGGUCUGUUAAAGGUUGUUUUUUUUAUCGAGUUGUUCCUUAUCUGAUGUGAGGGUCUAAGGACAUGAUGUUGUAUUGCUAUAAAGCCCACUGAGGCAAAUUUGUGAUAUUAGGCUAUACAAAUAAAUUGACUUGACUUAGUCUCAGUCGGUGCUGCUGUGCUCACAAUUUUGAUGCUGGUGACCAGGCUUUUACUAAAACUAAUUUCUGUCUAGUUUGUUGAAUUAGGUAACCUACAGUUGAAAUAAGAUGCUGUGUAAAUCUGCAUUUGAGUCAAAAUCACACACAAGAUGUUGACCUUUCAUGUUUGGAACCAUAUCAUUUGAAAUCUUUAUGUCUUUUCUCCAGUUUUUAUAAUAAAGGUUUAUUC